AUGAUUAGUCACCGCUACCUUGCUUUUGAUGAUCCCCCACUGCCACCUUAUGAUGCACCCCCUCCUCCGACAGAUCCUUUUUCGAUCUUACCUGCACCCCCAGUUGAUGAGAUUCCGUAUAUUCCGGAGCCAUUCGUGCCUGAUAAGGCCGUUGUUUUUGAGCCCAUUGUUCCGGAUUCUGCUGUUCCGGAUGCUGAUCUGCCUCCUUGGGAGCCGGCCCCAGCGACAACACCAUUAUCAUUGCCUCAUUCAGAGGUUAUACCACCUAUUCCAUCUCCGAUGCCUUGUACUGAGUAUGUGCCUUUUGAUCCUUACCCGAGGGUUACUCCUCUACCUGAGCCUGGCACACUUGAGUUUCAGCAUUAUAUGCAUCCUAUUCUAUACCCACCAUCCAGAGAUGCACAGGAGGGACCGUCUCAUCCGUUUCCGAUUGAUAGUGAUGAUGAGGACCCAGACGGGGAGACGCCAGAGAUGACAGUUGGGCAUGGACAGACCCGACCACUACGGCGUCGGACCACUGCUGAUGGAGUCGAUGUAUGGGAGCCUAUUCCGGAGCCACCUAUUUGUUACCCGAUGGUAGACACAGAUGUGGAGGAUGAGACAGAGGAUGAUGAUGAUAGUGAGGAGACUGAGCCUAGUGAGGAUGAGGAGAUUGAGCCCAGAGAGGAUAUGACAGUAGAUGAUGCGGGAAGUAGAGUAUCCGGAGAUGCUUUCGGUGGGACUGGAUGGGUCUGA